AUGACAAUCGCCCUUUCUCCGGAGCCACAUUCGCUUCAAGACUUUGUGGGAUAUAUGAACCAUGAUACCUUCGCAUUCAACGCCGUAUUUUUCGAACUUUUCGACGAAGACAACCCUAAUCAACGCAAAGCCACGGUUUCCGCUCCUAAGUCGUACGGAGGUAAGAAGUUUGGAUCUCAGUGGGAGGGCGUCUUUGCGCCCAAAAACAUAAACCGCCAUUCCAAGCCUAAGAAUAUCCGCCAGACAACGCUUUCUCUUGUAUUUGAUUCCAUGGCCACGGAAACCGGGACAAACUGGACAGUGACAUCGAUAGGCGAAUAUUCUGAUGACAAGGCCUUCGAAAAGCCUCGUAAUGUGAAGGAUGUGGAGAAAUACACAGCACCGGAGGAAGUGUUUCUGGAUAAGUUGGCGAGAGUGAUUGAUUGGGCGGUUGAUGAUGGGAUGUGGAAAGUCUUGGACCAACUUGAGAUGGAACUGGGAGAUCGGGCCGACGCGCUGUUUUUUACAGAAGAGAACGAGAAGCUGCUCUUUGACGAUCACCAAUUCUCGAGGACAAAGCGGUACCACUGGGCUCUACAAUGGCUUAAGAAGAUGUCCGACGGUAUCAAUGAAUUUGUCACUGCCAUUGAAGAGUUCGAGAAAAUAUCCCUCCCCAAUCUACGCAGAAACGCACAAGCGCAUAGAAUACGGUCGAGAGUGAGAAUGACGAAAGCUGAGCUCAGUUCCGAAAAGGUGUUUGAAAGGAAGGUUGAGAGGGCAAAGAAGCUUAGGGCAAAGAUCGAGGCAAAAUAUUCCGAGAUCAAAGAUUUUAGAGACGCCUUGGUCAGCGCUUCUGGUGUGUUAGAAUCACGGGCAGCAGUUUCUCAGGCUGAAAGCAUGCACACGCUCACAGUAUUGAUGAUCAUAUUUCUUCCGCUUACUGUCGUGAUCGCAUUAUAUAGCAUGCCGUUUAUGCCUGAAACAUAUCAGACUCUCAGCGCCUUUGGAGUAACAAUGGGGCUAGUCAUCAUGACUACUUUAAUCCUGGGACUCAACCUCGGAAGUAUCAUCUUGAUAUUUGCGAAUAAAUCGCAAAGAUUCGGCACGUACCUACAGUCGUCAAUGCUCGUGGUCGGAGACUCCUGGGCAGAAAAGGGAAAGCUUUUACAAGAUACGGACGAGGCGGAGAAUCUUGUAAGAAGAGGAAAACGUGUUCCUUCUGAGCUUUGGUACACAUGGUAUUGCAUGGUGUGGAUUUUGUUCCUCCUCCCUGCAACCGAACUCUAUAAAAUUGGUGGCUUGAGGUGCCUCAUGAACACCGGAUAUGUCAAAAUGACAGCCAGCUCUCGGUCUAAUCCCCCGAACCAUUCCGAGCCGCUUUGGGCUAUCGCAAUAAUCCCAUUAAGGAUCGCAUUGCUACCAGUACAUUUUCUAACCAUCAUUGCCGAUUAUUUCCUGUUGCUGAUUUUUUCCAAAACACUUCUUGGAUGGGAUUGCUCAUCUAGAGGUUUCAUGCCCACCCCCGCAAAACCGAUGAGUCCGAGACAGGGGACGAUUAAGGGGGAUAUCGAUUUAGACGAAAAUAUCAGACCGCCAUGGAAGCAACGGUUGUGGGAUCCCAUCGCCAUUUUGAAAGAAAUACCAACCCGUGGCAUUGGUAAAUAUCGGCAACCUGAGAAUCAAAUACAAAAUAAGUCGACACCCGUGGAUUAUUCGGGAAAUGGAGAAUAUGCGCAUAGCUCAAUGGACCUACUCCUCAAAGAUAUUGUGAAGCAUGAGAAGGAUAUCGGUCUAAGAACAAGCGUUUUUAGCGGAUCAGGAACCGCCUUUGGCGGUAUAAAAAGAUCAGGACCUGUUGAAAUAGUGUUUUCGAGCGUGUCUGACAACAUGAGUAUUCGAUCGGGUCUUAUCAGUCCGGCGCUGUCAGAGCGACCACCACAAUCAACAUCAGAUCCAGAGCAAGGUUCAUACACUCUUCCACCUGUAUCACCUGUAUCACCAAAAUCAGCUACAUCACCAACUUUACCAAUGAUGUCCGCCCUAACGUCGAAUAAGUCAUGGGAAUUGCCGCACUUGGGAAAUCUUGGUCGCACAAUGAGUAGGAACCGAGGGCAAGAGGUUGAUCCUGAGAGAGGGGAGAGACAAACUUUUAUUAUCCCCGAGUGA